UUUGGUGAUGAAGUGAAGUCAGUGUCAGUGAUGGAGGGAGAUUCUGUUACUUUAUACACUUAUAUUACUGACAUACAGACAGAUCAGCAGAUAGUGUGGAGGUUUGGACCUGAACAGAUUCGUAUAGCUCAAAUCAACAAAGAGGCCAAUAAGACAACAAUAUAUGAUGAUGUUCUUGAUGGGAGAUUUAAAGACAGACUGCAGGUGAAUAAUCAGACUGGAGAUCUCACCAUCACAAACAUCACAACUCAACACACUGGACUUUAUCAAGUGACCAUCAAAAGUACUACAGAGAUCUCAUAUAGAUUCAUUGUUACUGUUUAUGCUCAUCUGCCCGUUCCUGAUAUCAGCAGAGAUUGCACAUCAUCAGAAACCUCAUCAGUCUCAAAUUGUUCAUUAUUGUGUUCAGUGUUGAAUGUGAGAGAUGUGAGUCUGUCCUGGUACAAAGGAAACAGUUUAUUGUCCAGCAUCAGUGUGUCUGAUCUCAACAUCAGACUCUCUCUACCUCUGGAGGUUGAAUAUCAGGAUAACAACAAGUACAGCUGUGUGGUCACCAAUUCAACCAGUAAUCAGACUCAACAUCUCAACAUCACUCAACUCUGUCAGACGUGUUCACAUACAACAGCUUCAGUUCUGAUCUUCUGCAUCUACAGGAAACACAGAAACACACAGCAACAGGGUAAAUGUCAAUAA